CCGAGGCGAUGAACCGGCGAGCGCUGGAGGGAAGUGAGAAGGCGCUGGGGAAAGAGCACCACGACAAGCUGACCAGCGUAUACUGCCUUGCGUUUCUGUUGCAUCGUUGGGGUCGGUACGAAGAAGCUAUGCUGCUCUACAAGAGGGCUUCUUCUGGCUACAUCACGACUCUUGGCCCAGAUCAUCCGAGAACUCAAGCAUGUCUAGAUCAUCAGCUUUCACUCGAGCAGUUGUUGCACAGGCAUGUAGCUGACAGUUUAAGUCACGGUUCAAGGAAUGAAUCAAGACAUGAGAUUAUAGACGUCAGUACCCAUCGACCCAACCCUGGCUCCCUAGAGAGUACUCUACUCAGUCCAGGCGCACUCCCAAAAGAGCGCUGGUGGCGAAAGUUCGCGAAGAAGGUACACAAGGCAUGAGGUACCACUCACUAUGUACUUUAUUGGCUUGUAACAUACUAUACAUCGGUCUUAAUCAUGAAGUACAAGUGGACAAUGUAGUAAGCAGGUACCAUAAUGGUGAGUCACGGCACGGAAGUGGCUCGGCGUCAACGGUUGCCACCACCAGCUGAGAGCAUGGCCGACCCGUUCCUGCCCUGACCUUGUCGAGCUGUCUAUUUUAGACGAAAAAACGAGAGAUGGCGUACUUCUGAUAUGGCAUGUUGAUAAGCCUGUGGGGUGGAGCACUCCAAAAAGGCACUUCAUUGUCAUGGUGGGUCCAGGGUCUGAAAACGGUUCGGAGAUGGGGGACCCACUGCGGGAACCGAAUUUGAGCCCGGGGAAUCCACAGACUAGUUUUAAUCUUGGCUAUCGCGAAGCAUUGUGGCCA